AUGAGUUCUUCAAAGAAAGAAGAAGAAAGAGUUGAAAGAAUAAUCAGAGGUCUUUUAAAACUUCCUGAAAACAGAAGAUGCAUCAAUUGCAAUGCCUUGGGACCACAAUAUGUUUGUACAACAUUCUCAACAUUUGUCUGCAUAAAUUGCAGUGGUUUACAUCGAGAGUUCACGCAUAGAGUAAAAUCGGUAUCAAUGGCGAAAUUCACUCCCGAAGAAGUCACUGCUCUUCAAGCUGGUGGCAAUGAGAGAGCAAAGCAGAUUUAUUUCAAAGGAUGGGAUCCUAUGCGACAUUCGUAUCCCGAUUCUAGUAAUAUGCACAGACUUAGAGAUUUUAUCAAGCAUGUCUAUGUGGAAAGAAAAUAUACCGGCGAAAUAAGUCAAGAAAAUCUUCCCAGGAUUAAAUUGAAUGACAAGGAGGAGUCCCAUGAAAGUAAGAAGGGUAGUUCGUUUCGUUUAGAGUUGGUAACUCCUAAGUCAAGUCCCGGUGCAAGAAACAGUCCAAGUGCAAUCGAGGAUGCGAGUUUGAGAUAUGUAUAUGAUGAAAGCCGAAGUCCUAAGUAUGUACGAAAGUAUUCAAGAUUUGGAGGAUUAAGCAAAAGUCCUAUGAAGUUUGAGGUCGUUGAUGAUAGGUUUCGGGACGAAGAUUAUAGAAACCGCAGGCAAUCGAAUCUAGAUUCAAAGCUAGGACAACUUUCAUUUGAUGGUCGUAAGAGUGUGGACAGAUCCCAAGCACCAGUUCAAAGAUCUUCGGGUGAAAUCACGACGAAGAAUGACUCAUCUUUACAAGUAACAACUUCUGGCGAAGAAGGUUCUAUUGAGAAAAAACCGUCGGAGAAAAUAAGUAAUAAACCAAGAAGCUUAAAUGAUUUGAGUCCGAAGUCUCAAGCUUCUGAAACCGCUAUUGUUGCUGUACAAGAAACACCAAGCAUGACGAUGGAAAGUGAAAGCAAUUGGGCCUCAUUCGAAACAUCUACCGAGGAAAAUGUUCCUAAAACUCCAAACACAAACACCAUUAAAUCUUGCGCAACGGAACCAACACCUAAAGCAAAAACUUCAAGUCAUUUAGACCUUUUACUUCUUGAAUUAUCAGGUCCUUUUAGUGACAAUGUUCCUACAACUUCAACGGUAGAAAAAGCCUCUACAUUGGAUUUUCCAUCUACUUCAAUGGAGCAGACCACUGCAUCAUGUUCUGAGACGGCACAACCUUCUAACGAAAUAGAAAAUCCCAUUGAAGUUUCACAUGCACAUGAACCACAAAGCAUGCAAGAUUCUCCUUCUGUUUCAGUUGGUUGUAGUUCAACAACAUCACCUAUAAAAUCACCAAACAAUGUAGUCUCAAAUAAUGAGCCAUCAUUUUCUCCUAAUACACAUGAAACAUCACACGCUUUUGACGAACUAUCUUCUCGAACCACCUCAAAUCCUACUCAAAACACCAAACCUGAUGUCGGCUCCAAGCCUAGUACGACAAAAACCAAGUCUAGUGGAAGAAUGGAACUUCCAGAGGACCUUUUUACUACAAGCUACUUAUCUGGUCCCGCACCAAAUGCAGGUUGGAAGAAUGUUCAACAUCCUGUCAUGGGAUAUGACAAUAGUAUGCAGUAUUAUCCUAAUGCACCAAAACCCAUGAACCCUUUUGAAGUAACUGAAGGGAGAAGUAUAGCGCACACAUCAUCGUCUCCGACUCUGGCGUCAACGUAUGGUGUGCUACCCGAUGUAUCACAUAGAACAGGACUAAUGUAUACUUCAAGUCUUGGUUCUUUAGACACAAUGGUGCCUUAUUCCGCAAGUUAUGCAUCCCCGGUUACUGGUAUUUUCAUUGUUAUCUUCCAUUACCUUUGAAGAUUUUUUGUUUAUUUUUUCUUCAAGUUUAUUAUUAUUCAUGAUUCAAUCAUCU